GUGCUUUCGCUGCGCUAUUCCGUUAUUCGAAGCGUGCUCUGCUCGCUGCUGCUCCUCCACCUCUCCCAAUUAGGGUUUUCGCUGGCUGCGGCGGCGGCGGCGGCGGCGGACGGCGGCGAAGUCAGGCGGCCUCUCCGGCAUCCGCUCCGUCGAGAUGAAAAGCAAAUGCGGUAUGGUCCUGUGAUUUAAGCUGGAAGAUCCGAUGCUGUGUUGUGAGGCUUGGACACCUUUCACAUUCUGAGUCUCUCAGGAUUAUGUAAAUGCCACUUUUUGGAGUGUCUGCCCUUUUGGUUUAGUCUCCAUUCCUCAAGACUAUAGCUAGCAAUUAUAUAAAGAAAAAAAAUUGAACUGUUAAUUGCCACCAAGUCGGCAAAAUCGCUGGAACACAACAUUCGAGGGAGAAACUUCAGUGGAAUACGAGUAGUAUCAGUGCCCCAAGGUCUCUGCAAUCAGAGACAGUAACAACUGAACCUUAAGUAUCGACCAAGUCUGGCAAAACACUGGAACACAGUAAAUGAAGGAGAAUUUUGGUGCAAUCUGUUGAUGCCCCAGAUAACAGCAAUUACUGCUUGACAUUGUUUUCUUGAUAGACCGACAAGAGUACUUUCGGAUAAGGGAAAGGAGGUUGUGCACCAGGAACUACUUCUUUGUUGGACUAAUAAAGAAGGGUUAAAAUGACUGGUGAAACAAGGAAAGAACGGUCCAAGUGGGAUACAAAAGGACCUCCUGAUAUAGUGGAGAUCAGUGAAGAUGAGUCUCUUCCUAUGAAUAUGGAUGAUCAUAAAAAGGGCAAUGAUGAUCAUAGAAAGGGCAGUGAUUUGCUCCCUUCUCAGGAUUUUGGUCAUGGUAAUGACAAGCAAAUUGGUGAAUCUCUGAACCUCAAAUCUACUGUCUCUAUGCACCAUGGUAGCGCUGGACAUGAGCAGGAUCGAGCUGAUGGACUCAACAAAGAUAUCAAGGAAAGGUCAUCCAAGGCAUCCUCUGAAAGGUUGCCUCUUAGAAUGGGUGAUGAGGAUCAUAAUAAAAAUGACUGGCACAACAGAGGCUUUGAAAAGGCAGCUGGUAACCAAGGUAUGAGCAGAUAUGCAGAUGACAGAAGGCGUGGUGAUGGGUGGGGUACAACUCUUAGCCGUGGUUAUUCUUCUAGGAUAUCAUCAUCUGGUCCAGAUGCGUGGAAGAGAAGUCGCAGUCCACUAUCUCCAAGAGGUGGUUGGAACAGGUCACGCAGGAACAGAAGCCGUUCUAGAAGUAGAAGCAGGAGCAUAGGGCGAGGUAGAGGUAGAAGCAGAAGCAGAAGCAGAAGUCCUUAUUUCAGUGACCGUGGAUCUGAAUGGAGGGUUGAGAGAAGCAGAUCAUCUGGAGGACCUGCUCUUCCCUGUAGGGAUUUUGUAGCUGGUAGAUGCAGAAGAGGCUCAAAUUGCAGGUUCCCUCAUGAAGAUGGUGUGCGCAGGCAGUUUGAUGAGCAUUAUCCUGUAGAUUCAAGGGAAAAGUAUGGGCAUCAGAAUAGGGACUUCAUGGAUCCACGAGAACAAGAUGACUAUUUAAGGAAUAGGCCACCUCGAGGUGGCCAUUAUGAUGAAGGAACUUGGGAAAGAUCUGAACCUCGAAGGGAGUAUCGGUCUACGAUGCCAUGCCAUGAUUUUGUCAAAGGAAGAUGCAGUAGGGGUGCGAAUUGCCGAUAUGUUCAUGAUGAUUCCACCCCUCAUGGUGGAUGGAGAGAUGAGGUUAGAGAUAAUGCUAUUGGUAGAAGUGGCCCUGAUUCAUCAUAUGGGAACAGGACUGAGCACCGUAGAACAAAUAAAAACCCCUGCAAAUUUUUUGCUAACGGUGGAUGCCGUCGUGGCCAAAAUUGCCCAUAUCUCCACGAGGAAGCUUCCCAGAGCCAAAUGGGACUGGGUGCACCUGAUGAGCCUGGUUACACUGGUGGGCCUACAACAAGAGGAGAUUACUUGAGCUGGAGUGAACAAAAUAAUUCUGUGCAGGCAAGUUCUCAUGUUUUGUCAAGAGAUGACAGAGAAAACCCUGUUCCUCAGGGUACUGGCAGAAAUGAUUCUCGAUAUGAGAACAAAAACCGGCAUUCCAAAGAUGCUGGAAGUAGUCAGUACCAGAUAUUCCCUCAGGAUGAUUUUGGUUCAGUAGGGCAAAACAAACCUGAAAUAGCUGCUUCACAACUGCCACAGUUCAUACCUUCUGUCCAAACAGGCACAGAGAGCAUAAACAUUGACAAGGUAUCUGACAUGGGUGGUCAGAGUGGACCUGGAACCGUUGGCAAUUUGAGUAUGCAAAUCGGGAUGCAUUCUGCUAAUCUUUUAGGAGGGCAUAACUUGGGCCAAAAAGCAGAGAGCCAAGAUGCAAUUUCUCAAAUUUCUGCUGCACCAUCUCUUCCGGGCGCCACCCAAUUGCAGAAUACUACAUCCUCAGUGCCUUUGAAUAGCCAAGUUCAGCAAAGUGACUUUUCAUUACAUCCAAAUAGGCAGGACCAGUUUGCAGUUCCUCAUGCAACUACAAAUAACUCUGCUCCUAGCAUGCAGAGCCAGCCAGUUGCUCCUUAUAUGGGGCACAGCCAACACGGCUACAUUAUGGGGGCACAAUCAUUACCAGAUCUCUCUGUGCAUAAUGGACAAAUUUUCAAUGUUGGUCAAGUUCCACAGAAUCUUCCAACAAUCGUGCAUGCUGGGCAGAAUCAGGCAACAAGUGACACACCCAACCUGGGCCGAGAUAGUGGUGAUCAAGGCUUGCAAAACACACAUAAUUUCCAGCCUGUUGCUCCAAAUGAGCAAACUCAGAGUCAAACCUUGCAAGGGUUAUCAGUGGUGGCCAGUUCCAGCUCAGUUGAUAUGGCUGGAGCUCCUCUUUCUCACAAUGCAGUGUCAAGUCAGGAAGAAGUCCGUCGUGUUACUGCAUCUUUGGCCCAGUACUUUGUUCCUUCUCUGACUGCUGAUACCUCUGGGCUGCAGUCGUCUCAGCCUGAUCCAAAUUCGAGUUUGAUGAACAAUUCGUCUGCUGCACCUCAAGCAGUUCAACCUAAUCACUGGCCUUGGUUACAACAAGCAGGAAUGGUCCAACCUUCACAUAUUGUUCCACCUGAACAACCAGCUCCCCAGACAUUUCAGGCACCAAUGGCUGCUGGUAGUAGUAAUGGCAACCCUCUGCUUUUACCCCAUUCGGUUGCACCGACUGUUCCUGCUGCUGCCUUGGCGACCAAUGAAACUACACCUGCAGAAAAUAAGAAAGAAGAACCAAAGGACACUGAUGCUGAGGCUAAUGAAGAUGGUGAGAACAAGAAGAGCAAGGAUUCCAAGGCGUUGAAGAUGUUUAAGCUUGCACUGGCUGACUUUGUGAAGGAUGCACUUAAGCCCACCUGGAAAGAGGGUCAAAUGAGCAGAGAGGUUCAUAAAACAAUUGUGAAGAAGGUUGUCGACAAAGUUACGACCACAGUUGAAAAUACUCCUCAAACAAAAGAGAAGAUUGAUAUUUACAUGUCCUACUCCAGAGAAAAGCUAAACAAACUCGUCCAGGCAUAUGUUGGCAAGUAUGCCAAGAAAGAUUGAAGACAUGGUGCCUGUUCUUCCUGCAUUGUAUUAGAAAGAUUGAAGCAGCCUUAGCUGUCCCCAAGUUUAGGAUUCUUCUUUUGUCUUCAAAGCUAGUUUAGGAUCCUGUAAUUUAGGGAUUUGAUUAAAAUCACAAACAUAUUUUUCCCCUCCCAAUUUCAAUGUUCACUAUGGUGGUUUGACAGGUAGAGUAUUUUGCUGGUAGGGCAACUGAACCAAAUGUUACCUCAAUGUAACUUUUGUAGAAUAUUCAUCCGAGUCAUGAAGCUUUCUGUAUGAGAUUGUACAAUCUUUGGAUCAUCUGUAUGAGCAUAAGCUGAGAUACACCCGAUGGUUGUGUUUGUGCUAA